UUAAGACAGAAUUAUGCCAUUACCGUCAACGUUUCCAUUGAUGGAAAUUAAAUAUUUCAUUUGGAUUUUGAAUUUUCGAAGUCGUGCUCAUGAUACUGUCACAGGCCAAAGUUGAACGGUUAGGUUUCUCAAUGCGUCUUAGCAGAUUUUUUUCUUUCUUUUUUUUUUUAACAUCCGGAUUCAGCAGUUAUCAAUUUCAACAAUCGGCUAGACACCACCACUGACACCCGGAAAAGGACUGGAUUUCUGCGCCCCUAUGAUAAAAACAACUUUCAACUACACUGCUCUAGAACAUUUGGAACAUCGACGAGAGUUCCGAUUGCUAAUACGGCUGUGAGACCUUUCUGAGUAUUAUCAAGCUAUGUAACACCAGUAAAGUAUUGCAUAAGCUGACGAAAAAUAACAAUAAAGCAAACUUCAGCAGGCCAUGUUGUGGCCAGGGGAUAUGUCCCUUUACUGGAGUACUAAACUCUGAAAUCGGCCAUACAACAUUGGCGUAGUGUGAAUUCAGUUAUGAGCAAUGUAACAGCGGUAUUUGACAAAGAAGCGGCUUUUCAUUUACUUUCAUGCUGACAAUUUUAUGAAACUUUCUGGAAGUUUAUAUAACAGGCUUGACUCCUGCUGUGGACAAUUUCGAUGAUUAUACGCGGACAAAAGCUUCUUUUUUGGUAUUACCUACAACAUGCUGUGAUUCAGUGAGCGGGGCCGUUUACAAUAUGCUCUCGUAUAAGUUUCAUGGGAAAAAAGCCUAUUGCGUAACUUUAAUUACGGUUAUUAACUUCUGUAAACAAUGUCCAUUUAUUUCACGCUCUGGGAUAAAGAAACGUUUAUAAUCAGUGCUGCAUGUACAAAAAAUGGCGGCAAUUGAAGCCUAAUUGUAUUGCUUGAACGAUGAAAUAAAUUUUACUGCCAAGAACUAUAUUUUUCCAAGAAUGAAUGAGUUGUUACCCUCAGUCAGUUUUCGAUGCACACGUGAAGUUUUACCCUGGACGAGGCAAAAUAGAAUUGCCCUGAGGAAGAUUUGGAGUACAUUUGAGACACAUGGAUAAAUAAAUGCAUCUUUGCCGUCCAUAUGAAACCAAUUCCACUAUCAUCUUUUACUUGAAAAAUAUUUCGGACCUUGGCCUUAAAAAUGAAUGAACCAUUGUAGCCAAAAUACUUUACCAGAACCUUAUCAGAAAACUGAUAAACUCUAUCAGAUCAGUAUUCCCCGCCCGUAUCAAGUGCAGACUAUUAUAGCUUAAUUUUGUCCUCACGUUAGAUUAAUAUUUGCUAAUUAAACAAUCUCUCAUGGCUCAAUCAUUUUGAUCCUAAUGCAGUCAUCCAUCAACGAUGUAGUAACUUAGCUGAGACUUCCUCGACUCUAUAAUUGUGCAGUAUGGCGUCAAAAAGAUACCCCCGUUUGUGCUCACCGUCGAUUCUAUAGAGCUCGAGGCUAUGUCAUCAUCUACCGCCUGACGGCAAGUGAGUUACAAAAAUAGCACCCAUCGUGGGUAUUGAUAUCCGAAAAUAGAUUUUUAUCGCUAAAUUUAAUAAAGUCAAUACAGCGUAACAUCGCCCUUUGAUCAUAACUCAAGUCUCAGAUCAGUGACUCAGUUCUCUUUACUCACUCUGUAGUUUUUUGAAAUUAUCUUGGGAGAAUUUACACUUAGUCAAGACCUUCCAUCCCGAGAUAAUAAUGUGUGUUUGAAUUCACAUGACCAUUACAUUUUUCAUUUGCUUUACUAGGCUAACUAAAGUUGGCUGUCAUUACUCUUAACAACGUCCCUUUAGAAAUAACGUGCGCGCUCAGCCAAGUAGACACAGUUGAAUAAAAAGCAUCGAUUCAAAACGUGGCGAAGUAAUUAAAAGUCUCUAUUGACACGGAGAGAAUGCCGUGAUGAUUGCCGAUAAAUAGAUAAGAGUUCAAUGGGGUGUAAACAAUUUGUUCGCAUAUUUAUACCCCAGUUAUUCUCUCUUGAGAACAUUUGGCCUUGAACGCGCAUCAACGCCGAACAAACAAGUUGCAGCACGGAGAGCAAUCUCUUGUAACCACCUUGAUAUUUAUUUUAGUAAUCGGCGGUUAGUGACCAUGAGCUUUUCGUUGGAAGAUUUUUUAUCAGCUGGGCAGAUUUUAGUCCUCUGCUUUCUGAUUUGUGUGUUCCUUACUGGAAAAGCAGUGUGGCAGCAAACUUUUUCCAAGUUGCCUCCAGGACCUUGGGGCAUGCCAGUGAUUGGGGCGUGUUUCCGCCUGGGGGAGAACCCGCAUCUUGAUCUCACCAAGAUGGCACAGAAGUACGGAGACGUGUUCAGCCUGAUGCUUGGAAACCGCUUGGUGGUUGUACUCAACGGAGUCGAUGCUAUACAAGAGGCCAUUGUCAAGCAGUCUACAGCCUUUGCUGGCAGACCACAGCUGCACACCUUUAAACUUGCCAAUCCACAAGAUAACAGUCUAACCGUAGGUGAUUAUUCACCAAAAUGGAGGCUUAGUCGUAAGAUGAGCGUCGCUGCGAUCCAAAACUUCGCAAAGAAUUCAGAUGUCUUAGGAGAGAAACUGCUUCGGGAAUCACAAAGCUUGGUCCAUUACUUCAAGCUACAGAAAGAAAAACCCGUUGAUGCUUCGAUAACUAUUAAGUUCGCCAUCGCUAACAUCAUCCUUAACGCACUCUUUGGCGUCGAUCGUUCAUACGAUGACGAGGGCCUCCGAGGAAUUAUCCAACUAGUCGAAAGUUAUGGACAGGCACUACAUGCCAGUAGCCAUGUAGACUUCCUUCCAUUCUUGAAGUACCUCCCCAAUAAAGCGCUGUCAAGGCUUGAACUGGCAUUAAACGCUGUGAAUGAUGUGAUUACCGAGAUGUUUGUGGAAAACAAGCAAACCUACAAUGAAGGGCAAGUUCGCAAUAUCGCAGAUAGUUUUGUCAGCGUCGUUGAGAAAGAAACCUUGAAAGAGAAGGAGAAUAGCCCAGCUGGAGAGAAAACCCUUAACAUGGCUCCUCUGCUCAGUGAUGAACAGAUAAUUCAGGUCUUGUCGGAACUCUUUGGUGCCGCCAUAGACACCUCUUCUGGCGUUAUUUACUGGAGCCUGGCAUAUCUGGUGAAAUAUCCUGACAUCCAACGCCAGCUGCAUGAAGAGUUAGAUAAUGUAAUUGGCCAAGGACGAUUUCCAACUCUGGCAGACAUAACAUCACUUCCUCUUUUGCAAGCUACAGUUUACGAGCUCCUGAGGGUGACAAGCCUCGCUCCUCUUUCCAUACCUCGCUCCACAACGACCGAGGCAAACAUUCGGGACUACACAAUCCCAAAAGGCACGAUCGUCUUCAUUAACCUGUGGUCCGUGCAUCGCAAUCCAGCAAUCUGGAAAGAUCCUGAAGUUUUCAACCCCAGGCGUUUUCUGAACGAUGCAGGUGAGUUGAUCGAUCCCAAGGCUCUUGGCGGCUUCCUACCAUUCUCAGGGGGCCGUCGAAAGUGUCCUGGUGAACCCCUAGCCCUGAAAACAAUAUCUGUAUUCCUUGGGGCGUUACUUCACAGCUUCCGAUUCUCGCAGGAUGGAUUGCCAGCCGAGUACCAGGGUAUAAAUUUUCAGGGGAAGUUUGGCCUUACUUUGCAGCCAGAGACAUUUUAUGUGCGAAUAGAGGAACGUUAUUGAGGAGCCACCACUGCAAUUAUCGCCAUAUGGUUGAAUAAUUAGACACUUCACAUACCUUAGAACUGCUGACUAAAUUUACGCAAAGAGCUCUUAUUUAAC